UUGGUUUUCCUCACUCACUCUUUUGCAUGAUGCUAAACGGUGUCGGUUCUCUCAAACCCUCAAAACGCUCAGUUUGCUAUUACUGGUGCACGAAUCACUAAAUCAGGAAAAAACGGUGUCGUUGCCCUAGAAUCUUCCCCAAAUUGCUGUCGAACUCGCCGGUGUGCACCCUUAUCGGAGCGCGACUCACUGGUCGCCGGCCGAUCGUCGACCUAUCAUCAGAAUUCCUUAUUUGGGAUCCAGAAAUUUCAGAAUCCCCAUAGCCAAUCGCCAUCGCUCUUUCCCAAUAUCACCUUACCCAUUCCUCUUGGUUUCAAAUUUCAAAGUGUCCCUAAUGGAUGUAACAUUGGCGGACCCUUAUGGCACAAAUCCUGGACCAAUUGAUGGAUCAGUACUUUAUGAUCAAGAGAAACAUGUUUCUUCAGCAGUUUGGGAUGGGCAGGAACGUGGUGCGCUUAGAUGUCAUGAGCACACUUCAAAGCUUGAUCAAUGGACACUUACAGCAAAACAGAUUGAGUUAGUAGAUAAGGCUGGGUUUGGUUACCUAAGAUUGAUUCCUGCAAUAAGUCUAGACAACCCACUUAUUUCUGCUUUAGUUGAGAGGUGGAGGAGAGAAACAAACACUUUCCACUUGAAUGUUGGAGAAAUGACGGUAACUCUCAAAGAUGUUACAUUAUUGCUUGGACUAGCCAUUGAUGGAGAACCAGUGAUAGGUACAACAUAUACCACCUGCAACUCAGUUUGUGAAAAGUAUCUUGGAAAAGCACCAGAAUCUGGCUAUACUAGUGGUGGAAUGGUGAAACUUAGCUGGUUGAAAGAAUUCUUUUCUCGGUGUCCUGAAGAUGCUUCUCUUGAGGUGAUUGAGCGCCAUACGCGCGCAUACCUCUUAUACCUUGUAGGCAGUACAAUAUUUUCUACUACCACUGGGAAUAAAGUCCCGGUCAUGUACCUUCCACUGUUUGAAAACUUUGAAAAGUGUGGGAAGUAUGCCUGGGGUGCUGCAGCAUUAGCAUUCCUGUAUAGGGCCCUUGGCAAUGCCUCUUUGAGAUCUCAAAGUACAAUCAGUGGAUGUUUAACACUACUACAGUGCUGGAGUUAUUUUCAUUUGAAUAUUGGACGACCAAAGCUCAAUCAUGAUCCAGCACAUGAUCGCUUUCCAUUUGUGCUUAGGUGGAAGGGAAAACAAAAUGGUCCAACAGCAAAUCGUGAUGUAGUUUUCUAUCGUAAGGCUUUGGAUUCCCUGAAACCAUCUGAUGUGGAGUGGCUUCCUUUCAGAAGUAUAGACAGUACAGUUAUUCCACAACAUAUUAGUAAAAAUUUGGGAUUAGGGAGGGCAAAGACUAUGUUGAUAUGCUUUGACAAGGCAGAAAGGCAUCUACCUGAUCGUUGCCUCAGGCAGUAUGGUGACCUUCAGUCAAUCCCAGAAGAUGUACAGCGAUGGGAGAGAAAAAGUCGUGGAGUUGAUGGUGGGGUUGACUUGUCGGGGAAAAUGGAGUCAGAGCUUAAUGAAUGGUCAGACCGUCAUUCGCAUCUUGUAAAAGGAGAUGAUAGUGCAGAAGAAUGUGAAUACAUGCAGUGGUUCCUGAGAAUUACCCGGAAAUUUGUAGGGAGACCUAUAUCUCUCUCAUCUGAGUUUCAAAGAACAAAUGCUGGUUUGAAGGAUAUUGCACACAUAGCAGAUACAUUCUCGACAAAGGGGUUGGAUGCCCAGCAAAUUGAAUCAAUUUCCAGGAUCAGGUAUAUUGCGCAUGAAUGUUUGAGGGACCAAGUUGGUGGUCCAGCCAUUGUGUCUGCUACCCCUGAAAUUGAACUUGGAAAAAGGGUCAGAGGAAAGGAGAGAGUAAGAAGAAAGGGUACUGGAAAACGUGCAAGGAAGGAUGACCUAGCACAAUAUAAUGCAGUUAGCGAGGACGAUCAAUCUCAGUUUUAUGGUGCCACUGUUGAGGUUGAUCAAAUGCACUUGCAUCAUGUAGAUAGAGAGGAUAACCAUUUAGAGUUAUGCGCUGUAGAUAGUGAGACAAAUCCUAUAGACAUGAUUCAUGCAGAUGGUGAGGCUAACAAUAUGCAGCUGUGCAAUGCUGCUAUUGAGAUCGAUCAUUCAGAACUAAAUAAUGCAGCUGUGGUGGUGGGUGACUCUGAGAUCAGCCAUGCAGCUAGGGAGGUUGAUGACACACAGCUUUCUGAUGCAAUGAAUGAGAUGAAGAAUUCACAACUUCCUGAUGGAAUAAAGGAGGUGAUUGCCCCGCAGCUGGAAGCAACUAAUGAGGUAGUCGACUCACAGCCUAGUGGCACAACUAAGGAGGUCAUUGACUCACAGCAUAAUGAUCCUAAUAAGGAUGUCGUUGACUCUCAGCUCUCUGAUGCUGUUAACCAGCUUGAUGACACAAAGUCGCAACUUUCUCAUGUUCCCAGCGAGAAUGAUCCACAGACAGUUAAAGCAGAAGCGGAGUUAGUUCCACAACCAGCUCUUCAAACUAGUGGGGAUAUUAUUCAGCAGAAUGCUGUAGCAUUGUAGUGUAAAAUUGCUGGCAUCAUCAUGCAAUUUUCUGGUGGUAAUUCUUUCACAACAAGGAAAGAUAUGCGGGCUACACUGCGUGAUAAUAUUUUUGUUAUAAUGCCUUACAUUGGCUUCCUGAUAAGGGUGAAUUUGAAAUUUGUAAAGGCAGCCACACUAACAAUACUGGAGUUUCCAAAUAUGGCUAGGAUCAGGGGUACUUUUAGAGUAAAAUGUCUCUCUUCGUACAUCCUUUCAGUGUGAAAUUUUUGGUUAGCUGAUAAAAGCAGAAAAUUAUGUUCAUUUUCAUCAUUGGUACUAUUCUUCGUUGUAAUACUUGAGGUUUUUCUAUUUAAUCUAAUCCAUUCAUGUAACAUCUUUUGCUUUAUGGAAGUAGCUUGCUUUAGCUGUAGAGAAAAUGUAGGAGCCACAUUUCAGUGGCCAUUAGUAUUUCUUGUAACUUGUGUUACAUGACUUCUUAAUUUAAAACUUAUUAUUAUUGUUAUUAUUAUUUUAUAUUUUAA